GGCCCAGUUGCCUCCUGCUUGCACUUAAAGAGGGGCUGCAAAGCCCUUUGUGACAUAUGGGAAUAAGGCAGGGCAGUGGUGACAGGCACCGGGAAAAGAGGAGAUGCUGGAUCUCAUCAUCCUCAGCCUUCAUUUCUUCAUCUGCUUUCUCAUCUCCAUCGCAAUCUGGUGUGGACCAAAGGAUGUGGAAUCAGACAGCUCAAGCACAGGAGGAGCUGAAACAGAGCCAGAUGGCCUUAUAUUCAUUGGCAAGGAAGAGAACAUAAAGAAGUCCCAAAGAAUAACAGCCAAAAUCAAUGGCAGAGAAAUUGUUGUUUUCUACCAUGAGGGGAAAUUUCAUGCUCUGGACUCUCGCUGCUACCAUGAAGGAGGCCCUUUAUGUCGUGGAGAAAUAGAGGAUAUCGAUGGACAAGCGUGUAUUGUUUGUCCUUGGCAUAAGUUUAAGAUUACCUUGGAAACAGGAGAAGGCUUGUAUGAAGGAAUAAAUCCUCUGGAACCAUCACCAACACCAAAGUGGCAAUCAAAAGGAGUCAAACAAAGGAUUCAUAAGGUCACAAUAGACAAUGGAAAUGUUUAUGUGAGUCCUCCAGAUUUGUCUGUGAGCUUUGACUCUGAUUAUUUUGCUGACAAGUACAAAAAUGGUGGUGAAUUAGCCAUGGGAAAACAAAGCCACUCAGAAGUCACAGAGUAGGUCAUGGCCAGACAGCAGAAUCCUGAGGAAUGCACAAAUGAAGAAUCUUCGUUGGGAAAUAAAAAUGUACUGUGCCGUGGAGAUUGUCUCCAAAUUAAAUUCUAAUGUUAAUGUUAUAGUAAAGCAUUGAAAUACGUAGAAAUGAGUAAGAUAAGAAGCCCUGCAUUGUCAGAAAUGUGACUGAUCUUCUGCCGAGGAUUUUUUUUGCAUUUAAAAAAAGACUUUAUUACAGCAGAGUGCCUCACGAUAUUUGAUAUUUUGCUAGACCUAUUUUAAAUUUUAAGAGGGGAUAUUGUAUACUACGGCUUAUAAAACUACAUAGUUUAAGGUAGAUAGUCAGGUGUAAAGGUUAUCUUUAUAUACUUAACAGUUUAUAUUUCUGAUGCUUGUGGUAAAAAUGACAUGGAAACUUUCAACUUUUGAGAUAUUUGUGUGAUCUCUAGGUAUUUAUUAAGUGCCACAAAAGGAAGCACAAAACUUCAGCAUAUCUUGGUGCACUCUUUUAUGCCAAUUUGUGCAUUACUACCUUGAGUAUAUGGAAGUAUUUAUUAUCCUUCUUCUCACUGAACUCCUCUUGUUAGUUCAUUCAAUAAUGUGGCAAGGAUUUGUUAUGUCUAGUUUGUUCUUCCUGAUUCUUUUGGUUAAAGAGGGAGCUGUUUGGUGUGAUAUGUGAACUAGUGGCCCCUGUUUACUUGUUUUAAUUUAUUGUAACCACAUUUUUAUACAUCCGUU